AACUGGCUAGUGGUAGGCGAGGCAUCGCUGCUGCCUGCGAGGUGUGCGGCGAGAAAGAAAUGAGUUUCUGUUCAAGCACUGAAGGUUGGGAUUUAGCAACCGAGGUUUCGGUUCUACAGCUGGCAGCGGGUGAUCUGAGCGAAUUCGAAGGUCUCCGUCUGCAGGAGAGAAGCUGCUCUUUCCUGUGUGAGGGGCGUGUUGUGGGAGAAUAUAUAAACGCGUGAGGCUGAGGGAAAUCCAAAGAAGGUGCAUCUGGUGCUAAAAGUCUCUUCUCACUGUUGAGUUCUACACAGUAAGCGAUGAUGCUGAGAUGUGGAAUUGAGGUUGGACAUUAGGAGGAAUUUCUUCACAGAAAGGAUGAUUAGACAUUGGGAUGGCCUGCCCAGGGAUGGUGAAGGUGUUUGAGGAAAGACUGGAUGUGGCACUUACUGCCAUGGUCUAGUUGACAAAGCGGUGUUUGGUCGUGGGUUGGACUCGAUGGUUUCAGAGUGCUUUUGUAACCUCAUUCUGUGAAGGCAUUACUGCACAGCCAGUAAUCCCAAGGGUUCUGCCAGGAGAAGGAGCAAGUCCCAGUUCUGCAGGCUCACAGAACUGUGUGCUGCUUAGAUCUGUUCAGACUCACAUAGAAAUGGAGGGGAAGGUGAAAAAAAACAUGGGUGAAUUUUGAUGAACAUAAGCUUAAUACAACUUAAAUAUUAUAGCACAGAAAAAUACUAAUAGUUGUGGCCAUCUGCACAAAGCAUGUAACUGUAUGUAGAACGCUUCAUUUAAUUUUUGUUCUAGCAGAAGAUGGAUUCCUAUACAAAAUCAGACACAGAUAAUAGAGUUUGGGCACAUUUUGAGAGACACAGUGGAAAACUCACAUUUUUUGGCUCCUGCAAAUGGAACAGAAAUCUUCAUUUAAAACACUAAAAAAUUUUAAGACCUUUGCUGAUUACUGCUCAUAAAUUUUGCCUUGUCUCAUGAUAAAAAUAUGAAAAAUGGUUUAGAGUUGAAAAUGUUUAUUAUCAUUCCUUUCAGUACUCACAAAAGUCUUGUGACAAAACAGUGGUUUACCAUUUAAAAACUUCAUUCCUAGAAGGGAGGGACUCAAAUAAAAUAAGAGAAAUGCUGUACAAAGAAAGCUGCAAAAGCAUUCCAGGAGAGCUUAGGAGGCAGGGUAUCACCAUGUGCUGGUUACCUUGAUCCAAGAUCCUUUUGAAUCUAAACCAAACCUGCAGAUUAAAUGCUCAAAGAUUAGGAAAUGAGAUGUUUCAAGUCAAAAUGCAUGUUCAGAGUUGACUUUUGCAAGUUUCCCUUAGCUUUUGACUCUCAAGAACUCUGCCAACAGACACUGGGAAAACUUUGGCCUUCUGUUAGACUUUGGCAUGUUAGCAUGUCUGGCUCUUGCACACUAGUUACCUGUUCACAUUUACCAUAAAUAAUGACUGAAAACAUAACUUGCAGCUAGAUUUUGAAAGUAACUUCUGGAAGGGUUUGUUUCCUUCUCUUUCCCCCACUCCUUUAAGACUUUUUGUCUUAUGGGAUUUGUUUGCAAUCUGCUAGCUGAAGCUCUGAGGCAAGUUUGCCAGAUCUGGGGCUGCAUCAUCGCUCUGCACAUCUGGAAGUGGUUUAUGUGCUCUCAUUUCUCCAGUGCAGCGUCUGGACUAUGAGCUAUUCCUCAGCAGCAGAGAAAAGAGAGAAAACCAGCACAACUCCAAAGUAAACUUUGAAGAGUACGAAAGAGGAAUUGAAUCGUAAAACUGUUACUGUGCCCUGUAAGGCCCUUGUGUGGGUGACUUCAAAGGAGGAUGGUGAUCAAGGACGCUUUGGCAAGAGUGCUUACAGCUGUGGGCUAUCUAGGAUCCAAGUAAAUAGCUCCACAGCACUUCAGGAGAGAGGAGUCCCGAAUACUGUGCUGCUUUGAAGAGUUAACCAGAUCUUACUGUUACUUCUUGUCUUAACUGUGUGUGCUAUUCUGUAUAAUAAAGUUCACCAAGUGCCAUUGGCAUUAAGAAAUGAAACAGUGGAUUUGGAGAGCCCUGAGGAAAUGGAAGAAGAAAUCCCAGUGGUGAUCUGUGCUGCUGCGGGCAGGAUGGGUGCAGCUGUAGCAGCGAUCAGCAGCAUCUACAGCAACACAGAGGCCAAUGUUUUGUUCUACAUUGUUGGGCUGAAAACAACCAUCCCGCAUAUUAGAAAAUGGAUUGAAAAUUCUAAACUGAAAGAAAUAAAAUUUAAGGUUGUGGAAUUCAAUCCUAUGGUACUAAAAGGAAAAAUCAGACAAGAUGCAUCACGUCCUGAGCUACUGCAGCCUGAAGAGCAUUUGCAGCAGGUCCAGAAAGGUGCUCCUUCCUCUCUGCUCUGCACUGGUGAGGCUGCAUCUGAAGUGCCGUGUCCAGUUCUGAGACCAGCAGUACAAGAAAGAUAUGGACUUACUGGGGCGAGUUCAACCUGGGCUGCAAAGAUGAUUAAGAGGCUGAAGCAUCUUUUACAUCAGAGUCUGAAAGAGUUGAGGCUGUUUCAGUCUGGAGAAGACAAGAUUCAGGAGCUGAACUUCGUUCGAUUUUAUCUUCCUCUGCUUAUCCAGAAACAUGAGAAAGUAAUAUAUUUGGAUGAUGAUGUCAUUGUUCAAGGUGACAUCCAGGAACUCUACGAUACUAAGUUAGCUCCUGGACAUGCAGCAGCUUUUUCAGAUGAUUGUGAUCUGCCUUCUACACAUGAAAUGGUUAGAAGUGUAGGAAUGCAGAACACGUACAUGGGAUUCCUGGACUACAGAAAGCAAGCCAUUAGAGAUCUUGGCAUCAGCCCCAGCACCUGCUCCUUUAAUCCUGGAGUAAUUGUUGCUAACAUGACUGAAUGGAAACAUCAGCGGAUUACAAAGCAGUUGGAGAAGUGGAUGCAAAGAAAUGUAGAGGAAAACCUCUAUAGCAGCACCCUUGGGGGAGGUGUGGCAACCUCUCCAAUGCUGAUUGUAUUUCAUGGAAAAUAUUCCUCUAUUAAUCCUAUGUGGCACAUAAGGCAUCUCGGCUGGAGUCCUGAUGCCCGUUACUCAGAGCAAUUUCUUCAAGAAGCUAAAUUACUUCACUGGAAUGGGAGAUACAAACCUUGGGACUACCCCAGUGUCCACACUGAUCUCUGGGAAAACUGGUUUAUUCCUGACCCUUCAGGGAAGUUCAAAUUAACUCGUCCUGAUAGCUGAUACUGAAAUACUGCAAAAUGUAGUGUACGGGAUGCAAUUAAUAGUUUGAGAUG